AUGGGGAUGAUGCGGCUUCAAGUUCAAAAAGCGGAUGGAAACUGGGCACUGGCCAACGAAUUUGUAGAUGAAGGCAGCGAUUCAACUUUGAUGCGGCAAGGUUUUGCAAAUUACCUCAAUCUACGCGGAACUCGUCACCUCUUAACAAUUAUUGGAGCCGGCAAUGUGAUUAAUCGUUAUCCUUCCCAACGAAUCACCUUCGACGUCCGAGACACCAACGGCGAAACCAUCUCUAUUCCCUGUUCCACUCUACCAUCGGUGGCCAGCGACAUCCCGGUUACCGAUUGGCCGUCUCUGAAACAGCGUUGGAAGCAUCUUUCAGACCUCCCAGUUACAGCAACCGGCGGAAGAGUCGAUAUUUUAAUUGGAACGGAUCUUUCUCAUUUAGUUGCCGCCUUAGAGUCAAGAGUGGGUGCAGACUAUGAACCGAUGGCAACGCUGAACAGAUUUGGAUGGCUCAUCAGAGGAGUGGUGCAAGAUGGCACCAUGGUUACCGCAGUUCGUGCACACACCGUCACUGGAUCGUUUCAGUUGGCCCAGCUGACCGAAGAGAUGAAACAUUUCUGUGAAACCGAGAGCUACGGGACCGAAUACCAGCUGCCAGGCAUGUCAGCAGAUGAGAAACGGGCCUUCUCAAUCCUUGACGACGGAACACGAAAGCUGGACCUAGGAUACGAAGUUCUGAUAACAUGGCGCGAAGGGGAGCCGGACUUGAUCAAUAAUCGUCGGAUGGUUGAAGACCGAUUCAGGUGUCUUCUACGCAGAUUUGAACGUGAUCCCCAAUUUGAAGCGGAUUAUCGUGCCGCGAUGAAGAAAACUCUCGACCAAGCUUACGCGUCCCGUCUGGCCGGGCCGGCCGCAGAUGAAGCAAGAUAUUUUCUCGCCCAUCAUGGAGUCUACAAGGGGCAGAAAUUAAGAGUCGUCUUCGACGCAGCAGCCCCUUUCAAAGGGAAAUGCCUAAACGAUGCGAUCCUGAGCGGUCCCGCUUUGCAGCCAUCACUUCCUGCCGUAUUGAUCCAGUUUCGUGAAGGAGAAGUGGCCUGGGCCUCCGAUGUGGAAGCGAUGUUUAGUCGUUUUCGACUACGCCCAGCGGAUGCUAACUUCUUUUUUUUUCUAUGGAAGGAACCUGAUUUGCCGGAUUAUAUCGUCUGCCGCAUGGAUCGACUCCCGUUCGGAGCCACUUGUCCGCCUUUUAUCGCGAUCCACACCAGUCGGAGAGCCGCCAUCGACGCUGGAGCAAGAGAGAAGAUCGUCGAAGUAGUAAAAGGAAAAUUAUACGUCGAUGAUUAUCUAAGUUCAUCCAGUUCGGUAGCAGAAGGCCUAGAAGAAGCCGUCACAGUCGAGAGAGUCUUAUCCAGCGCCGAUCUACAUCUACAAGGGUGGAUAUCGAACUCACCCGAGUUUACCCAAGCCAUCAUGAAGGAUAAGCCAGCAAAACCAGUCGUUAACUCACCCGGAUGUUAUAACCUCUCCAGCAAAGAGUUCGACAAAGUGCUCGGGCUCGUUUGGAAUACCACGACGGACGCCCUGGGAUUCCGAGUGGACAAUCUGGACAACAUUGAGUACACCCGCGUCGGAAUCACCAGCAAAGUCACCAGCGUAUUUGAUCCAUUUGGAACAGCCGCACCUUUAAUCGUGAAGGCGAAGAUAAGAUUGAGAGCGCUCGGGCUGAAAGGAUCCAGCUGGACGGAAGCAGUCGACGAAGCUGAUCAGAAUUGGUGGACCGCCUGGUUUGACGUCGUCCGAAAAUUAUCUGCUAACACGGUUGAACGAUGUUUAUUUCCCGAGGACUCCCAGAUAGAAGAGUCUCAACUUCACAUCUUCUGCGACGCCUCCGAGGAAGCCUACGCGGCCGUUGUCUAUGUGUGGAAUAGUUAUCGUGACGGGCGUAUUGGCGUACAUCAAAUCAAGGCUAGUAACAAGUUAGUGCCGAAGAAGACGGUAUCGGUGCCCAAACUGGAACUGAACGCGGCCGUUCUUGGAUCCCGAUUAGCGCGAUUCGUCUGUAGCUGCCUUAGUAAGAAAAUCCAGAGUCGUUUCUUUUGGACUGAUAGUAGUACGGUCCGUAAUUGGAUCCGUGCCACCGCGUCGUAUUACCAAGUCUACGUCUCCAACCGUGUAGGCGAAAUUCAGACGCUCACGGAACCCGAAGAGUGGCGCUUCGUGCCGGGCAAGAUGAAUCCAGCGGACGAGACAACCAGAUCCGUCAUCGAGGAAGAAGGUUUAUCUGCUCACUGGUUGAACGGACCCGAAUUUCUACUCCGACCCAAGGAAAACUGGCCGAAAGAUCUUCCUUGGAUCGCCGUGUCCGAAGAAAUGCGGACGAGCAAGGUCUACGUUUCCCGUCUGAAGCAAAGCGUGUCCGAUUGGUCCAAUCUUCCACUGGAUCGUUCCAACUUGUCACCAUUCCUGAAACUAGAAGGCCCAUCCCGAGAGCUGGUGGAAAGAUGCCAAAAGUAG